UCUAACCUGACCAAACACAUGUUUUCAUCGAAAUUGUUGUAUUGCUUUCACUUGUCUUCAACUAUUUUCGAAAAUCAUGGAUUCAAGUGGUUUGGGGUUUGUUAUAGAUAGUGUGGGUAAUCAAUCGGUGGACAAGGAAACAAUUAAAGAUUCAGUGGUGAAUGAUGUGUUUCAACAAUUUAUGCAAGAAAAACAUGAGACUUGCAGAACAAAAGCGCCUGAAGUGGAACAGAAGCUAACAGCUUUUGAAAAGUUUUCUAAAAACAUGGACUUUUUAAUUGAAGAACCAACUAAUCUUAAAAAUACCAAGAAAAAAACAAAGGAUACUUACGAGAAGGUUAAAUUAAAUUUAGAGGAAUUAACUAAAAGUAAGUCAGAGUUGCAGCAAGUAUUAUCCAAUUCAAUAGUAUUGCAACCAGGUUUCAAUGAACUUAAGACAAUUCCAUCACAAGUUGUCAAUGAUAAAAAACUAAAACUUCAAAGAAAACUUGAGAGUGAAAAAACUAAAGGUAAAAAAUGGUUCAACAUGCCUGCAACUGAACUUACUGACGAAGUGAAGAAGGAUUUGCAAGUGUUGCAAAUGCGUUCUGUAUUGGAUCCAAAACAUUUCUACAAAAAGAAUGACCUGAAAGUUUUGCCAAAAUAUUUCCAGAUUGGAAAAGUUCAAGAUUCUCCACUUGAUUAUUACAAUAAUCGCCUUACUAAGAAGGAGAGAAAGAGAACAUUGGUUGAUGAAUUGAUGGCAGACGCCGAAUUCAAUAAAUAUAAUAAGAAAAAAUAUACUGAGGUACUUGUUGAGAAACAGAAGACUCAUUAUAAGGCUCACAGGAAUGCUAAACGACUCAAAAAGAAGAAGAAAUAGUAGGAAUUGCGGAUGUAAACUAUCUAUUUUAAUAAAUAUUAAGUAUAAUAAA